AUGAGCAUGGAAAGAGAGGCCAAGACUUUAUAUGAAAUGCCUACAAAGCAGAGAUCUCCCUACUCAGUUUUUGCUAGAGAGUUUUUUCGAAACAACAAGCACGAGUAUACAAGCCAUGUGGACCUCGCAAAAGCUCUUGUGAAGACAUGGAAUGAAAUGCAAGAUGAAGAGAAGAGUACGUAUGUAGAAAAAUGCAACAAGUCUUUGGAAGAUGCUAGUGAGUUGGCAGUAGCAUCGGAGGAAAGUCCCAUACCCUAUGAUAAAGAUAAUUUAAAGAAACUGAAAAAAUACAUCAAAGCCGGGCCUACAUAUCGAUGGGAAUACUCUGGCUAUCUUUCCUUUGUGAAUGAAAUCUUUGAUAUAUGUGGCGACAUGACAGUAUCACCUGAAGAAAAUGUACGUAUGUUUGCGGAGAUGUGGGAGUCACUAGAAGAUGAAGUACAGAAUAAGUACAGAAACAAGGCCUUAGGUUCACUGGCAGCAAAGAAAAAGCCAAGGAAAAGAAACAUGGGAAAUGCUCUGAGAAAGAGCGAUAAAAUAUACACGACCUCAGAGGGACUCGAACCCUCAACCUUCGGCUCCGUAGGCCGACACUCUAACCAUUGA